UCUUCAUAACAUGAAGAAUGUGACAAACAUAGCAACAUGACAAGUUUAUCAUAUUAAGCUGUAACUUAAUGUGUUUCAAUGCACAUUAAAACUCGUUUGCUUCGACUAUUUACUAAUUUCUGCAAGGCAUGUGUCUAUUGGGUAAUCUAUAAAUAAUUCAGUGAAGUCAAAAUUAAACAAAAACGUAUUAAGGGAAGCAACCUCAAUCUUAAUGUGUUCAAAAUAAGGGAGGUAUGUCAAGCAGCUCUGUUUUUGUGUAGGUACAUAAGUAGAUAAUCUAAACUGAACCAAUUUUGUUGACCAGAAGAAGUAAAUAACAAUGGAAGGCUAUAACGUAAACACUAACAUGUUCAACUAUGGCAACUACGAUCCCGAACUUUAUAACCUUUAUCAGACUCCGCUUUUGGACCCGUUUAACACGAGGCCAUCUUCAGUAAGUAGUUAUCAGACAUCUGGAACUCCUAAUUCUGUGGAUGAUUUGUCAGAGCAAUCCCAAUUAGAACAGACAUUUUCUCCAGCACCACAAAGUACUUCCACUGAAGAAACGCAAACGUAUGAAACACAGUGGACACAACCAUUUCUAAAUUCUCAUUAUCAUGGUUAUUAUGCCCAAAACACUGCAGCUAUAGCACCUUACAUGAGAGGAUACUCUCCUCACUGGGCCGCAAUGGGGAAUUACAUAAUGGAACAUCCUUGGUAUCGUUACAAUCAAAAUUAUCUUCCUGUUAGUCUCCAACAGCAAAAUGAUACACCUUCGGAAUCGACUUGGUCAGAUAAUUCUUCAACUUCUACUUUUUCUAUUAAAGGAACAGUAAAAGAGAGUGCUGAUUUAUGUUCGGAAAACCUUGAACCAGAAAAAUUGGUACCCCAAAGUAUUAAACACUUUACAAAUUUACCUACUGAAGUACUGCAAUCUCCAUCAGCACAUUCUUCUUCUUCUUCUUCACCAUCAAUACCUUCAGAUGUUAUUAUGUCACAGCCAAAGAAUGGAAAUACAACAGGCAAUGGGCAAACAAAAGUUUCAGGAAGAACGAAAGGGAAGACCGUAUUCACUUAUGAACAACGUGCAAUAUUGGAGAAGGCGUUUGCAGAAGGAAAUUGUUAUUUAGCAAGAAAUAAAAGAAUUUUACUUGCUAAACAAUUAAAGGUAGAUGAGAGAAAUGUAAGGGUUUGGUUUCAAAAUAGGAGGGUGAAGGCAAAACGAGAAAGAGAAAGAAAAUUGCCCAUUUCAUAGAUAAUUCCAAAGUUGAACAUUCUCCCGCAUCUAGCCGCAGUUGUCCUAAAACAUGGUCCUAAAAGUUCUGAGACGGUGGCUUCUUAUGAAACUAAAAUCAGUCAGCCAUUGGACGAUUUCGGGGACAAACCCUUUAAUUUAUAGUAAUAUUUUGUGUCGUUUGAUAGUAUGUAUCUGUUAUUCAAUAGUUUAAGGGUAGUGUGUUAUUAUAGUGUAUUACAAAAAAAUGUAAUUUUAUUGACCAAAGAAAAUAAUAAGUUAUGGAGUGUAUAUACAUCUAUAUACAUACAACCUGUCAAAGGGUAGCAGAGCUAAAAUAUUUAAUAUAAUAUUAUUUGUAGGUAUAUGACCAAGUGAAAUAAUCAUCUGACUGUCAUACUUUGUUCCUUAUUAUGCAUGUUGAUAUAACCUAGACAUAAGCAUUAUUAUUUUUAGACAUAAAGUAUAAUAUGAUGUAGUAAAUUAUUUAGGUACCUAAUUUUUAAUGUGUUUUUUGAAACAAAACGUAUUUCUAAGUAGUAUUACGCUUAUAUUGUAACUUUAAAAAAUUAAAAUUUUAUAAAGUAAAA